AUAUGUGCUAGAUCAUCGCGCCGUAGCAUAAAGAAGUUUUGGUCGUCUGCUUUUAUAGUUUUUUCCUGUUGUUUUUUGGCUUUUUAUGGUGAAACUCUUUUAGACAAGUUAAGUAUAUCGAAAGUAAAAUAAAUACAUUCUAAUAGGUUUUAAAAUUUUUCAAAGAGUUAACCUUGAGCAGACUUUUUGUUAUAAGAUAUCUCAACUUAUCUACGCGCCAUGCCAGUAAUUAGGUCUUUAUGACCGAAUGAAUAUUUUGUUUCUGGGUGGAAUGAAUAAAAAUUAAAGAUUACUUUUUACUUUAUGAUAUAAUAUUUAAUACAGAAAUGGAGUUUGCUAUUGGCGGUGUAGCAGCAUGCGGAGCGGGGCUAUUCACAAAUCCGCUAGAAGUCGUCAAGACAAGGAUGCAGUUACAGGGAGAAUUUCGGGCCAGAGGACAAUAUACAGUUCAUUAUAGAAAUGUUUUCCACGCAUUCUAUACGAUUGCUCAGGAAGAGGGGUUUAGAAGUUUGCAAAAGGGCCUAGUGCCGGCUUUGUAUUAUCAAUUUUUCAUGAAUGGUUUAAGAUUAGGAGUCUAUCAGAGUUUGAAUAAUCUUGGUCUAAACAGAGAUAGUGAUGGAAACAUUAGCUUUCCGAGAAGUAUAGCUGCUGGAGCUUUGUCUGGUGUUGUUGGUGCUGUUACUGGAAGUCCAUUUUACUUGAUUAAAACUCAUCUCCAGUCUCAGUCGGCCGAGUCAAUAGCUGUUGGACAUCAACACAAACACGGGAGUUUUACCCAAGCCUUUAAGAAAAUUUACAGCGAGAACGGUUUACUCGGUUUAUGGAGGGGCUCAUCUGGAGCAAUGGCAAGAGUUAUGGUUGGAUCUGGCGCACAAUUAUCAACAUUUUCAACAUGCAAACAAUACAUUGUUAACAAAGGAUGGUUCGAAAGAACGAGUGUUUUAAACGCCCUGCUAGCAUCUAUGAUGAGCGGAGUAGCUGUUGUGUUUUUUAUGACCCCAUUCGAUGUUGUAUCAACACGUUUGUAUAAUCAGAAUGUAGAUUCAAGUGGGAGAGGAAUCUAUUAUAAAGGUUUUACUGACUGCUUUUAUAAAAUAUUAAAAAAUGAGGGACCAUUAGCAUUCUACAAAGGAUGGACAGCAUCAUAUCUUCGUUUAGGACCGCAUACUAUACUUAGUUUAGUAUUUUGGGAUGAAAUCCGAAAAUUUAGUGCACGUUAUCUUUAUUAA